AUGGAAAGUAACAGAAAAGAAGAUGCAGAAAAAUUGGAGAAAGGACGUAAAGAAGAUAUGGAGAAUAUGGCGAAACUACUGGACGUAAAAAUACAAGGUAUAAGAGAAGAAAUCAAAUCUUGGAAAGACAUAAACAAGGACGUGGACAACAUAGAACAGGACGUAGCAACACUAGUGACAAAGACGAUUGAAAUAGAAGAUAGAGUAAACAAGCAAGAAAAUGAAAUGGAGAAGAUCGAAAGAACUGAGAACAAAAAUACUCAAGAAAUUGAAAAGCUAGAAAAAGGACGAAAAGAAGACUUGGACAAGCUAGAUAAAGGACGAAACGAAGAUUUAGAAAAACUCGAGAAAGGACGAAAAGAGGACUUAGAGAAAAUUGGGGAAGAGUUAAAACAGAUGGAAAAUAACAGAAAAGAUGCAGAAAAAUUGGAGAAAGGACGUAAAGAAGAUAUGGAGAAUAUGGCGAAACUACUGGACGUAAAAAUACAAGUUAUAAGAGAAAAAAUCAGAAAAGAUUUCAAAUCUUGGAAGGACAUAAACAAGGACGUGGACAAAAUAGAACAGGACGUAGCAACACUAGUGACGAAGACGAUUGAAAUAGAAGACAGAGUAAACAAGCAAGAAAAUGAAAUGGAGAAGAUCGAAAGAACUGUGAACAAAAAUACUCAAGAAAUUGAAAAGGUAAAAAGGCAGGUACAGGGAGGAUUGAAUGAAAAUCAAGAUGUGCUGGAAGGAGAAAGAAAAAGAAAUGAGGAACAGAUUGAGGAACUCAAGAAGGAGGUGCAGAGAGUGAGGGAAAACGUAUGA